CUCUUGGUCGCCUUCGGCUCCGGCGGGCUGUCCGGUGGGCGAAGGGCCGGAGGAGGAGGAAGAUGACGGCCGAGCUGCAGCAGCAGGGCCAGGACGAGCGGGCCGCGGCCGGCGGGGCAGCGCAGGCUUGCAGUUUGCUCCUAAGCCAGCUGAAAGAGAUCACGGGCAUCCACAAUCCGCAGUCCCUCCAGGCGGCACUGAAGGCUGCCCAUGGAAACCUAAUGCAGGCGGUGGGCCUCCUCACCGAAGUCAGCAGCGACCGAGAGUCCGAGGGAGACCCCCCUCCUGCUUCCGACUCCGAGGGAAGAGAAAGACCGGCCACCCCUCCGGAUGAAGCCCCCCCAAGCCCUGCCGAUUUUCAGGAGCCCCUUCCUUCUGGAGGCCCAGACUUCUCAGCCGGGGAGACGGAUUUUGCUGCAGCCACCAACGCAGCCCAGGAGCCCAGUGCAGCCGAAAACAAAAACCGCUCCAAAAGGAAACGCUGCGAAGUUUGGGGAGAGAACACAACUCAGCGGGACUGGAGGAGGGUCAGCGGGUGGCCCGUUGGGAUGAAGAACAUCGGGAACACCUGCUGGUUCAGUGCCGUCAUACAGUCCCUCUUCCAGCUGCCAGAAUUCCGGCACCUAGUCCUGAACUAUUCCCUGCCCGGAGCCGUCCUGGACACCUGCCGCAGCCGAAGUGAAAAGAGGAACAUCGCAUUCAUGCAGGAACUCCAAUAUCUCUUUGCUUUGAUGCUGGGAACGCGCCGCAAAUUUGUAGACCCAACAACCGCCCUCGAACUUCUCAAAGGGGCAUUCAGAUCCCCGGAGGAGCAACAGCAAGAUGUGAGCGAGUUCACCCACAAACUCCUGGACUGGCUGGAAGAUGCUUUCCAACUGACAGUGGAGGCCGAGAAUUCCCAGGACAAAUCGGAGAACCCCAUGGUUCAGCUUUUUUAUGGGACUUUCCUAACUGAAGGGGUUCACGAAGGCAAGAGGUUUUCCAAAAUCGAGACCUUUGGCCAGUACCCCCUGCAGGUCAACGGCUACAAGAACUUGCACGAAUGCUUGGAAGGAGCCAUGGUGGAGAAGGAGGGCGAGUCGGAGCCUUCCAAGCAGGCGGUGACCUAUACGCAAGAGCGCUGGUUUACAAAGCUGCCCCCGGUCCUGACGUUUGAGCUUUCCCGGUUCGAGUUCAAUCAAUCCCUUGGGCAGCCAGAGAAGAUUCACAACAAGCUGGAAUUCCCGCCGGUCAUUUACAUGGAUAGGUUUAUGUACGGCAAUAAAGAAAUUACUCGAGCGAAAAGAGAAGAGAUCGGGAAACUGAAAGACCAGAUGACCAUCCUGCAACAGCAGCUGGAAAAGUACCUCAGGUAUGGUUCCGGCGCAGACCGCUUUCCCUUGCCGGAUAUGCUGCAGUCCGUUCUUGAAUUUGCAAGGACCAAGCUGUCCUGCGCAGCGACCGUGACAACAGCAGAAACUCAGGCAGAAAAAGAACCCUCGGAAACGCAUCCCAAGCCAAGCAGGUGCCCAGGGGAGACGUCAGAAGCGCCCGCGGCUCCUCAGGAAGUCAUCUCCGAAGAUGAGACGAGCCUGGUCAUUUCCUGCCUGCAGAAGUGGAGGGAAGAGGUUGAGCAAGACAUCGAAGACUUGAAGACUUCCAUGCUGAUGCUUUCUGAGUCCAUGGAUCAUGUCUAUACUGACCCUCAGCUCUGCCAGGUCCCUUAUCACUUGCAUGCUGUGUUGGUCCACGAAGGCCAGGCCAACGCCGGCCAUUACUGGGCCUACAUCUACAGCCUGCCUCAAAGGACCUGGCUGAAGUACAACGACAUCGCCGUGACGGAGUCCUCCUGGGAGGAGCUGGAAAGGGAUUCCUUUGGCGGCUUGAAAAAUGCCAGCGCCUACUGCCUCAUCUACGUUAGUAAGAAGCUGCUACACUUCGCAGCUGUUUAUGAUGACGGACAACCAGAGAGGGAAGUAGAACGGCUGCCUCUGGAGCUUCAACGCCACAUCGAAGAAGACAACUGGAGGGCGGAACAGGAGAUGGCCGAACUGGAGGAGCAGUCCUGCAAAAUGGCCCAGGUGGAGCCAUCCUCCGAGCCUCUGGAGUCCCAGGACCUGUCUUCAGACUCCAGCCAAGAACACGCCUUCCCCUGCGAGUGUGGGCCGCAUUCGCUCUCCUCCGAGCACGCCGUCCUGGCCAAGGAGCAGACUGCCCGAGCCAUCGCCAAGACGGCCGACGUCUACGAGAAGGCUGGCGUCCCGGCUGCUCUUGACCAGCCCAAGGAGGCAGGUCCAGAGAAGGCCCCCUCCGAGGAAGCUCAGCCGCAGGCCGAAGAGCCCCAGGAACUGGGGCGGAGGGAGCCUCCUGCCCCACCCAGCUCUCAAGUUUCCGAAGUGGAGAUCCCCAGUGUGGGGAAGAUCCUAGUUAGGUCGGAUGCGGACGGCUAUAACGAGGAGGUGAUGCUAAGCCCCGCCAUGCAAGGGGUGAUCCUGGCCAUUGCUAAAGCUCGCCAGACCUUUGAUCGCGAUGGGUCUGAAGCGGGGCUAGUCAAGGCGUUCCGCGAAGAAUAUUCCAGGCUGUACUCCUUGUCCAGAGAGACCCCAACACCCCAGAAUGACCCCCGCCUUCAACACGUCUUGGUUUACUUGCUGCAAAACGACGCCCCCAAGCAGGUGGUGGAGAGGACCCUCCUGGAGCAGUUUGCAGACAGGAACCUCAGCUACGACGAGAGGUCAAUUAGCAUUAUGAAAGUGGCCCGAGAAAAGCUGAAAGGAAUUGGCCCAGACGAGGUAGACAUGGAAGAGUACAAGAAAUGGCAUGAAGACUACAGCUUGUUCCGCAAGGUGUCCAUCUACCUCUUGACGGGGUUGGAGCUUUAUCAGAAGAACCAAUACUGCGAGGCUCUGACCUAUCUGGUGUACGCCUACGAGACCAACACCGUCCUGCAGGCCAAAGGAGCCAGCCGGGGCGCGGACUCCUCUCUGAUCGCUCUUUACAGAAGGAAGUGCCUCCUGAGGCUGAACGACGCUGCGGCCGCCCUCUUCGAAAGCCACGACGGGAAGGAAGUGGACGAAGGGGUCGGGGUCUUGAAUGAGCUGGUCAUCCCCUGCAUGCACCUGAUGAUGAACAACCACGUCUCCAGGGACGACCUGGACGCCAUUGAAGUCAUGAGGAACCGCUGGUGCGCCUACCUGGGAAAGGACGUGGGUGAGAAGCUUCAGAUGAAGUUGGGCGAAUUCCUGCCCCGCCUGCUGGAUUGUUCCCCGGAAGGAGUGGUCCUCAAGGAGCCCCCCAAGAUCCGCCCCAACUCGCCCUACGACCUCUGCAGCCGGUUCGCAGCCGUGAUGGAGUCCAUUCACAGGGCCUCGGCGGUGGCCGUGAAAUAAAGCGCGGCCAGGCCUCGCGGCUCAAGCCCCGCAGGCCUCCUGAGCCGUCCUCCCCCCCCACCCGCCGUCCCCAGGAGUGGGACCCUCUUGCCAGAGGACUCUGUGUACCCAGGAUCCUGGAGGGGAGAGGGGACUGCGCUGGAGGACUCCACCUUCCGCCCGAACAGCGAUGCUGGGCAUGUCUAGGAAAGAGGCGGUCGGUGUGGGGCUUCUCGGACGGGCCCUAGUUGCAGGCAGGCACGAAUUUUGGAGCACCCACCGAAGUCUCCCUCCCCCGCUGUUAAUGACUGACUUUAGUUCCUGCAAGGAGCUUGCCGGGAGUGUUUUUAGGAGAAAUCUGCCCUUUUACACUUAAGCCUUGUACAUAGACGAUUCCAUUUUUUGCCAAGUUGGCGCUUUACCUAGCCAAGGGCUUUAAAGCGCUUCUCGAGAGCAUUCGGCGUGGACCCCCGUUAAUUUUCCUCAAGGCAGCCCCUGCCACACAGGCUGAUCUCCAUUCGGCACCGCUGGUCUCCCUGAGUGGGACAAUGAAUAGUGACAAGGACGGCAUGGAAGAUGCCGGCAAGGGGCCCUUGAUCCUUGCUGACCUCCAAGCACAGCAAGUUCGGGCAUAAGUCAUCGACAAGUAACACGUAGGGUAUCUCUGGGUGAAGGAGCCUUAAUGGUAAACAAGGUUUACUCGCAGCGAGACAAUACACGUGUUAGCAGUCCCUUGGCUCUCCACGAUAGCCAUUCUUAUGGGGGGUCCACUUGAUAUGCAGCUGUUGCCCUGGCUGCUGGUUUAAGCACUGGCAUUUAUGCCAGGGGGGUGGGGGGAGGAAGAGGAGGAGGACAGAACUGCGCAACCAGCAGAAGGCCGAGAUUGGAAGCCACUUCUUGAACCUUCCCCGGAAUAAUUCCUUCAAUGUCAAUCACCGAAGUUUAAUUACCAGAGUAGUUUAUGCACUGAAGUCAGGACAAAACCAGGCUGAAUAAGUCACACUUUUAAUGGUUAUAUUUUUUUUCCUCAAGAUCUUUUAAAUGUUUUUAUUAGAAUGCUAACCAAUUGUGAUGGGAAAUACAAAUCUGGUGAGAUUUCUGGUUUCAAAGUGCAAUAAAUGUUACCCUAUUUAAAGAU